UUCACAUAUUCUGUCUUUAGAAUUGUAUAUUCGACUAUAUGAUUUUUCUUGAUUCGAUUUGAGGGGGAGCGCAGAAUUAAUCUUAAUUGCGUAUUGAAUUUAUCGCUCUGGCUGUUCGAGCCGGUUUAGUCUUUAUUGGACGAUAUUAAUUUUAGCUCCUGAAAGUGUGAAAUUGCUGAUAAAACUCGAAAGUAUUUGAUUGUGUAAAAGACAAGCAGCGGCACGAGGUGCGAGGACUAUUAGAUUUAUUUUAUAGAUUGAGACCGCGAACAACAAACCACUAAAGACUAAUUCCAAAUCUACAACAAUAUACCAACCAAAUUACGAGCAGAACAAUAAAAACGACGCAGCACAGGCAGAAAAAAAAAGGCCAGCAAAACUCAAACACAUAAAGUCACUUUCAAUUCUGGUGUGAUUCGAAUCGCUUAAACAUCGCGCCAGCGAGCUGUUAAGUUUGUUAUUUUUAUCGCCUUGCCAAAUCACGAUUAGCAACUAGUUAUUUCGGGAUCUCUCUGAAGAUAAUCACUUCGCCUUACAACUCGACUGCCUUCUCCUCUUCGGUUCGGUUAUUAAAUUGAUCGCCCCAUCUCCCCUUAAACUAACUUCAUUACUUCAUACCUGACCCAAAUUUAAUUCCACCUUUGCUCACUUUAAGGUGUGAAAAAGAAAUUAUCCAUUCAACCGUAAUUCAAUACUUCCAGAAACAUAAAUCCCAAUCAAUGGAUUAUUUUCGCAAUUCUUUCUCAGCGAAAAGUUUCAGCUGACAAAAUAGCAGCAUCACACGUUUCGUGCUUCGAACGAUUAAUUGAUUGAUUCUCGGCCCUUUUCCAUUACAUAAUAAUUAUCGCCAUGAUUGCCUUAUCCGGUCAAGUGCUUCCACGGAUGUCGUUGAUGAUUGUCGUCACGCUGCUGACUUAUGGCACUGCUCAGGGCCUGGAAGAUAAAGAGAUGUUCAACUUCGCUCCCCCUCUUCUGAUAAGCGAGCCCAGCCAAAUGGUGCUUCUGAAUAAGGGGGACAACUAUACACUCAAAUGCCACGCCAGGGGAGAACCGGCACCCAGAUUCACAUGGUACAAAGAAAAAGAACCAGUUGAUUUGGAUUUUUACAAAGAUAAAAUCACGAUCAAACACUCGGGAAGCAGCGACUCCAGACUGACUUUCAAUGGGUUUGACACAACAAUGGAAGGAAUCUACUAUUGCAAAGCCAACAGUCCACUCGGAGAAGCAUGGAGCAUCGGAACUAAAGUAUCAAUUCCUUUUUUGGAUGACCGAUUUGGUCCCAUGAAAGAACUUGUUCACGUGGCCGAUUUGACCCAACCUGAAUUGGUCUGUAUGCCCCCUCGUGGGUUCCCUAGACCCUCCAUUUCGUGGGAGAAGGAUGGUAAGCCACUGAUAAUUGACAACUCAAACAUGUGGACGGACGAAACAGGGGAGCAACUGACCAUCCGAAAGGCAAAUGUAUCCACACAUCAGGGCAUAUACAAAUGUGUAGCCACAAAUUCAGUCGGAAAAUACGUCAGUCCAGGAAUCAAACUUGUCAUUGAAAAUUAUGAUGGCAGUAUUUCUGCUGCUGAGAAAGAAAGAAAAGAGCCGCCAAUGUUCAUCAAACUGCCGCCGAAGCAGCUGACGUACAACGAGGGUACUAACUUCUCAAUCCCAUGUGAAGUUGUGGGUGCUAAAGAUGUCAGGUGGCACACAGACGUACCGAUGGCAAUUGAAGACGGAAAACGACAGAUGGUUUUCGAGAACCAAGAGGAUGAUUCUCUGGUCAUUCUGCGGGCAAAGGUCACGUAUUCUGGAAUCUACACGUGCAAAGCGGAGAAUGACGUGGGACAGGCAGAGGCCUCUUCCAAGAUCAUAAUUCAACCCGCUGUCGACACCAACAUCUUGGUGGCACCUGAGUCGCAAACAUGGUACUCUGGCUUCACUGGAACUUUGGACUGCAGAACCAAGGACCAAAUAAUCACCUGGACGACCCCUCUCACUAAACAAACCAAAGAAGAGCUGGUCGCUGGUCAGUUUUCAGCCUAUGGGAAGUAUUACGUCACCAGUGAGGGUACCCUAUUUGUCUAUGACGUAAACUCGAACGACCAGGGCACAUACACUUGUAAAAAUGGCAUCUCAGCUGUGGACAAGAGCUCAGUCAGAAGUGCCAAAAUCACAGUAGAAAAGCAAAUGGGCAACCCAGCACCCCUGAUCCAGUUGGGCUCUUCUGACCAAAGAAUCGUGUCUGGAGGUCAAGUUGUGCUGCUAUGUGAAGGAAGUUCAAAAUUGGACAAAGUAACUAUUUCCUGGAGUAAGGACGGACAACCGUUCAGAGCCACUGAAUCAUCCAGAUAUACUCUGGAACCUUCUGGAACCCUUUUGAUCAAAAACGCCAUCAAGACCGACGCGGGAGAAUACACGUGUACUGCCAAGAGUCCCGCCGGAACGACCAAUCAGAGCUCCAGCCUGGAGAUCAACGGGGAAAGCGGGAUCGGGGAGAGCUACCCGGUGGAGAUGUUGCCGGGUCCUCCCGAAGGCAAACCCUACGUUUCCUACGUCAACACCAGUUGCGUUGAGCUGAACUGGAAGCCACCUACGUUGAACCAACAUUUGAUCAGAUACUACAGAAUUGAAUACUAUAUAUAUGGUCUGCAAAGUUGGACCACGGUUCAAAGCCACAUCAAACAGACGAAGACGUGGAUUUGUGAUUUACGGCCGGGUAGAACCUACCUGUUCGUGGCCAGGGCCAUGAAUGACUAUGGCUAUGGGCACUCAAGUGACAUUUCAGAACCAGCCACUCUGAUGGAUCUAUUUCCCGAGUUUGACGAGAGCGAGAUUCCGAUGUUGUCGGAGCGUGUGCAAGACAGGCUGGACAAAAGUGACAUCAGACUCCUCGAUAUCGUCCCUGUCAGCCCUACUUCUCUGAGGGUCUCCUGGAUCGUGAUGCGAUAUCCGAGCUUGAUCAAAGGGUUCCGGCUGCAGUUCACGAGUAACACUCACUACCCCGGAAGUCCCUCUUCCGACUUCGAUCUGAUCACAAACCCGAACAAGAGAACCCACGUGCUGACGAAUCUGCUGCCAUAUACCAUGUACAACAUCUCAGUGCAGCCUUUCAACGGAGAAACAGUGGGGAAAAAGUCAGAGUGGAAGCCUGCUUUCCUGCCUCAGAUUCCCCCGAGUGCUCCGCCGAGUUCAGUCGAGAAAACUACAGAUCACAAACAUGGUACUGUCAAUAUUUCGUGGGGUCUGCCCCCUCGAACAAGCUGGAACGGACCUCUCAUGGGCUACAAUCUGAGAGUGUCCACCUACAACACAGACAAGCCCAAGAUCAUCAUCGACCAGAAUGUUAGCACACAUGCUUACACUGUGGCUGUGAACAAGACUGCGUUCGACAAAAAAGACGUGAAGAUUGAGUUGGCGGCGUUUAACAAAGCAGGCAUGGGAGUGUACUCGCAACCCAUCUAUGUUUUGCAAGGUGAAAACGUCCCGCGAGAUGGUCCCGCAGGAGCUCCGGCAGUAUUCGAUUUCAAAAUUCUCAUCUACGCUGGUCUUGGUGUCUUAACAUUAGUGCUGGUCGGAGCAGUGGUGUAUCUGUUUUUGCGCAACUCAUGUUCUAUCCGCACUGCGGGCCAUGGAACUAGACUGCGACCAGUUAAUUGUAGAGACGAGAAGACUUACACCGGAAGUAUGGGAAGCAACGGUUGCGCCAACACGGAACUAGACGUCGACAGUUUGAGUCCGCAGGCUAAACUGAUGCCUCACAACUACUUCAACAUGCAGUACCCUGUCAACCAAACAUUAUACAAGUACCAUCACAACAGUACAUCCCCAUGCAGUGUCGUCACAUCCAUGAGUACACCAGUUCACAUAGAACCAGCCUCUGGAGGACACCCACAUAGUGUCUUCUACAACAGCCAACUGGCCCACCACCAGAUGAUGAACCCUGGAGGAGGAGUUCACCACGGAGGACGGGGAGGCAUCGUUACUUCGGCUGCGCCAGAUUUGAUACAGGUGCAGGCACAUCAUGGACAGCUGAACCCGGGCGACCCGCAGUAUGCCGAGAUACCAGAGGCUAACGAAGCCACUGAAGCUAAUGAAGCUACUGAAGCGAAUAGUGGUUUCUACGAACUAGCAGCACCAAGCAGUAUGAGUUCCGACAACUGCAUCGAGUGUCAGCGCGAGCGAGCAGCAUUGGCGGCCGCAGCACUGGGCCAGCAUCCGGUACCUGUAAUGACAGCUCAAUUUCAGCAGCAUCACAAUCGACAGGGUGGCGAUGCUUGUCUGGUCAACCAUCCAGGUAUGGGUGGGGGAACAUCCAGUGGUGUUUUAACCCCAGCCACCUCGACUAUUAUGAGCAUGAGUUCGAAUCCCCCUGACAACCACUCCUCGUGUCCUACUCCUUCUGGAGGGUUCAUGCAGAACUACUACGGCGGGAUUCCCCCAUCAAGCGUCGGAGGACCUGGUGGAGCUCCCAACAUGCACGCUUUAAGAGGAGCAAUGGUGAACACACACCAAAGUGGCAGCUCCAGUCCGAUGAAUGUCGGUGGACAUAAUAAACAACAUGGCGGCUCUUCGAGUGCACAUUACGUAGACCACGUGAAUAAUAAUCAUAGCCAUCAGCAGCAGCAAACGAUGUCAGGAGUUUGUCCCCCGGUGGCAGCAAAUGCCCAAUAUCACCAGCUGGCUAAUAACGACUACACUAAAUUGGACGACUCCAUAUCAGAAUCCGAACCUGAGAGCAGCACCCCUCCCCCUCAACAAUCAGCUUCAACUGGAGGGGGCAAUCAUUACAACUGCAGUUACUCCACUGGAAACGAAAACAACGUGAAAGGGUCAGCUAACCGACACUCAUUUAUCAACUCGCAGCACCACCACCAAUACCCCAACAAUCCCGGCUCGAAUCUCCCAACGUCCGCUUCUUUUCUGUCCGGUGGCACUCUUCCCGGAAAUAACAAUAACAAUGUGGGCCACAACCAUAAGCAUAACAACAACACGUACAGUGCCGAUUUUUCUAUGAUAAACGCGACAGGUAACAACACCUACAGUAACCAAGACGUCCCUUAUGAUCUGAUGUCGAAUUCAGUGACAGCGUCCGGAGGCGGUGCCACCAUCGGAGGACAUCCGAGUGCUUCCAGAAUCCAGCAGGAUCCAGCGAGCACUGGCAACUCCGGAUCGCCGGCUAAUUCGAGUUCCCAGACCCACUCCCGACCUAGAAUGGGAAUCUCGUCUACCGUCCCAUCAGCUUUAGGAAGGAGCGUGGCGUCGCUUCCUCCAUACGCAGGCGCUGACGCAUGCUAAUCUGUGGCAGUCUCUUCUAGCCCCGAACCCUUUAAUCUAAUUCCCUUUUGAAAAGGGAAGAGUAAUUUCAAAUAUACAAAACUCUUAGUUUCUACAGAUUAUGACCAAUGUGAAUUUCAAAUUAUUCUUCGUGCAGAUGAACUCCACCUAUGAAUUGCUGCGUGGCUGUAUCUUCCAGAGAUUGGUAAAUAAGACAAAGAAGACUCUGACAAAACUUCUGACCUUAAAAUCUUACACACAAUUAUGAAGCAAUAGAACAAUAUUUUGUACAAACUUAAUAAAUUGCUUUGUCGAAAAAUUUUAUGUUAGUUUUUAAAAUACUUAAUUCAUUUCUAUCCCUUUG